CGCGAUUGGCCAGGAGCAUUACCAAAAUUUCCCCGGGGAUCUGAAAAGCCCGGUGCCCAAAAGUGGGCACAUUAACACAUUCCUGGGGCAACUCUUUAGCCAUGAGGUACAGGUACUGGUUGUACACACUUUGGUGCUGCUCCUUGGUGGCCAGCACACUGGAAUCCAGUUCGGAUCGCCACCUGGCGGAGGCACUGGCUCAAGUGGUGGCCAACUCGGAGAUGGGUCGCCUCAAGACCUUGUACAUUUACACGCACACAAGUUCCCCGUCGACGGGUGGCCACUUGGAGGAGCUGCUCGACCAGGUGCUGAUGACACUGCCUAGCAAUUUGCAGGCACGCAGACUCCUGCUGCAGCAGUCCAUGGAGUACAAGCCCUAUGUCCACGCUGUCCUGGCACUGGUCGAUGGUCUGGCGUCUCUAACGGCGAUCUACGCUGGGAUUCGAGCCACCCAGGACUUGUCGCACACACUGAUAUACAUGUCCCUGGCCACGGAUGCGUAUGGUGCCGAGAUGCAGGCAGUGCUGCGACUUCUGUGGCAUCUUAGUGUACUGAAUGUGGGCGUAGUGCUGCGUCCACCUGGCGAGCACAUCCUCAUGGUCAGCUACUUUCCAUUCAGUGCGUGGCACGGCUGCCAGGUGAUCUCGCCCAAUGUGGUGAAUCGCUACCAAGUGGGCACAGGGCAGUGGGCUAGUCGAGAUUACUUUCCCAGCAAGUUGGGCAACUUCUAUGGCUGUCUGCUGACCUGUGCCACGUGGGAGGAUAUGCCCUAUUUGGUUUGGCGUCGCAGUGGCAGCUUUGUGGGCAUCGAGGGUGCAUUGCUCCAGUUCAUGGCCACCAAUCUGAACUUCAGCGUGGGUCUCUAUUGGAUGAACAAGGAGGAGGUGCUGGCCACUUUCGAUGAGUCGGGCACAAUUUUCGACGAGGUGCGUCCUGUUUCUACAUCUAGCUAUCUGUAUAGAUUGGAUUGCAAUUGGUGUUCUUUGCAGAUCUUUGGCCAUCAUGCGGACUUCUCUCUGGGCGGAUUCCACUUCAAGCCCAGCGCUGGCAGUGAGAUUCCCUACUCCCAGUCCACCUACUACUUCAUGAGCCACAUCAUGCUGGUGACCAAUCUGCAGAGUGCCUACUCCGCCUACGAGAAGCUCUCCUUUCCCUUCGCUCCGCUGCUGUGGCGUGCCAUUGGUGUGGUCCUGAUCCUGGCCUGCCUGCUCCUGAUGCUGGUGCUGCGUUGGUGGCAUCACCAUGAACUGCCAGUGAAUCCAUACUACGAGCUGUGGGUCCUCACAAGCGGUGGCAAUCUGCAGGAUCGAUUGCUGCCACAAAGAUUUCCCGGACGCUUGGUGCUGCUCACCUGGCUGUUUGCCACCUUGGUACUGAGGAGUGGCUACCAGUCGGGAAUGUAUCAGCUGCUGCGGCAGGAUACCCAAAGGAAUCCGCCACAAACCAUUGCGGAGGUGCUGGCCCAGCGUUACACCAUCCAGUUGGGGGAGGUCAACGAGGCAAGGAUCCUGGCCAGUUUGCCGGAACUGCGGCCGGAGCAACUGGUUUACCUGGCGGGCAGUGAGCUGCAAUCCUUUCCAGCUUUGGCCCGGCAAAGUGGCUCCUCGGCGCGGCUGGCCAUUCUAACGCCCUACGAGUACUUCGGUUACUUCCGGAAAGUGCAUCCGAUGAGCAGGAGAUUGCACCUGGUGCGGGAACGCAUCUACACCCAGCAAUUGGCCUUCUAUGUGAGGCGUCACUCGCAUCUGGUCGGUGUGCUGAACAAGCAGAUCCAACAUGCCCAUGCCCAUGGCUUCCUGGAGCACUGGACGCGGCAGUAUGUCAGUGCCGUGGACGAGAAGGACGAGAGUGUGGCCCGUAUAGCCUCCACAUCGUAUAGCACCCUCGAUGGCAUCGAUGGCGAUCCGAGUCUAUCGGCGAUGGAGGAGCAGCAGGUGGCCACCGUUCGCCAAAAUGUACUCUCCAUGCGGGAACUAGCUGCUCUGUUUUGGCUCAUCCUCUGGGCGAAUCUGGCAGCGGUGGUUGUUUUCCUUCUGGAACUGCUGUUGCCCAAAAUAAAAUUUGGGAAAUUAUUAGGGAAAAUGAAUAGUAGGAUAAGCAAGUGCAUUUCCAAUUUGGUGAGAGAUUAG